CUACCCUUCGGACAGAGAUGAUCCUAAAGUCUGUUGUGUUGCUCGUUUGCCUUGGAGCAGGAUUGCUCCAGGCAGAGCCUGUUCGUUUCGAUAAUUAUCGAGUGUAUGAAAUAUCCAUCGGCACCCAGAAACAACUCGAAACCUUCCAGUAUAUGGAGCGUUAUCCGGAUGGAUACAUCUUUUGGGAAUCUCCAGUGCAAACGAACAUGAACAUCAAUUUGGUUGUUCCUCCGCAUAAAGUGGCCGAGUUCGAAGAACUGAAACAGCAUCUCGAUUUCGAGAGCCGGCUGAGGAUCGAGAACGUGCAGAA